UUGAGCUGCCGCGGACCGAACCAUCCGGAUCAGUGAUUAUACAAUAUCACGAUAAUUUAAGUUUCAUUGCAAAAAAAUACAUAUUUUGUGCGUCCAUCAGUCCUAGGCCAAUAGUAUUGGUUCAAGAAAAUGUUGUCACUGCGGAUUCUGGUGCAAAGUUCCCAGCGUCAGCUAAUUACACUACCGCAGGAGUCGCAGAGAAGUAUAGCGCAGUUCAUUUCCGGCAACAGUUUACUUCGGCCAGUGUCAGUCUCCAGAUGCCUAUGCACAAAAGCAUCCAACAGUUGUAGCCCUUCCGAUGGCAAUGGUUUCAAAGUUUACAACGGCAUACUGACGCCUCAAAUUCGAAUGGUAAAGGUAUUUUCUCUGGCCACUAGCUUAGGUGGCAUCGUCGCGCAGCCAAUCCUGCUGGAACAGGCCAGCAAAAUCGGAGGAACCCCUAUGAUUGUUGCCAUCUGUGGAUUUGCUGGAUUCUUCACAUUUGUCACGCCUUUUCUGCUACAUCUGAUUACCAAACGGUACGUCACAGAACUGCAUUAUGACGAUGUGAAGAAGGAGUACACAGCUUCCACUAUCACGUUUUUGCUCCAGCGACAAAUGACCAAGUUCAAACUGGAGGACGUUGUAGUACCGGAGGUGCCCGGUAUGUUUACUACAUGCAUGGUUGCCGGCAAGUCGAUGUUUUUAGAUCCAUCGUUGUUCCCCGAUCCAACGCAUUACAUCAAAAUUAUGGGAUAUGACAAGCCGAUCGAUUUCAAAUUUGAGGAAGCGCGGCAAAGUACGAAGACACCUAGUGAAAAGUAAUGUUUUGCUGUUGCAUCUUAGUGGAAUAAACAGAGAACUCACGUAUGGUGGUAAGCACCAAUCAGUAUUUUCCUCGGAUUACACCCCGGUCAAGAAAGUCCGACUGCUUUGAUAUGGACAUCAGAGUUAAUCAACACGACUCUAAGCAA